AUGCGAAUUGAUAGAAAAAGAAAGAGGGUUUAUAUUAGCUGCGCAGCAGGCAGCAACAGCAGCAACAGCAGCAGCAGCAACAGCAGCAGCAGCUGCUGUUGCUGCAGCAGCAGCAGCAAAAGCAGCAAUCGCCCGUGGAGGUCUGACAGCAUCGUGAGCAGCGACGAAGAGAAUGAUGAAGACUCUGCUGCAACAAAAGCAGCAGUAGGGUUUGCUGAUGCUGAUGCUGCUGCUGCUGACUGCCAGCAAGAGAACGAAGAAGAGAGUGAAGCAGCAGCAGGCAGCAGCAGCAGCAGCAGCAGCAGCAGCAGCAGCAGAAAACCUUGUUAUAUUCCCUAUGAUCUUCUCAUUUUAACAGACGGGAUCGAAGACGCAGCGCUGCAAAAUUUAGGGAUCCGCAGUUGGGGUGUAGCUGACUGCAGCAGCAGCAGCAGCAGCAGCAGCAGCAGCAGCAGUAGCAACAGCAACAGCAGCAGCAGCAACAGCAGCGGCACAAAAACGACCUUUACAGCACCAGCAGGAGCAGCAGGAGCAGCAGGAGCAGCAGGAGCAGCAGGAGCAGCAGGAGCAGCAGGAGCAGCAGCAGCAACAGCAGCAGAAGCAGCAGCAGCAGGACUAGGGCUUGAGGGCUGGGAAGACGGAGCAGAUGCAGCAGCAAGCGAAGCAGCACAACCAUUAAAAAAAAUAAAUGCAUGCAUAACAGCAGCAGACCCUCAGUUUAAUUUGCUUCUGAGUGAUGCAGGUAUAUGA